GGUCAGGAGAACUGAAACAGACCUGCAGCACCUGGGUAGAACUAUUACAAAUAACCCAAUAAAAUUACCCAACAAGCUGAACCCAGCAUAUUUAGAGUGUAUUUACUAAGAAAUAUUUGCAAGUGUUUUAUUACCUCAUUACAAAAACUACAAACAACUGUUUUCAAAUGUUGAUAAGCUUUAACACAUAUCAGCAGUAAACAGAAUAGAAGAGUUCGAGGACGGACAACAUUGAUCAUUCUGACUGAAGUCCAACCUGGAUAUAAUUCAGAAGAGUCCUCUAUGUUGUGUUUUUUUUUUUUUAUUCAUGGGACAUGCCUGUGAAUGUGUUGUCGCUUUCACGCUCAGGCUUGAGUUCAACAGGUGGCGUGUCCACUUUUAGAAACACGCUGCUGGGACUCGGCGCUUUCUAAUGGUCUGUGAAGAACGUCGCGUGAUCUCAAGAAAGGUUUUUGGAAACGUAACAUAUUUGUUGGUGAUGACAGGCUAAAUAUAGGUGAGGCCUCCUCGUUAUCUUGCACACUUCGAUCACAAUGGCUGUGUUCAAGCAGCAGCAGGUCGAGACAUUCUAUGAGAUUGGAGAGGAAGUUGGGAGUGGGCAGUUUGCAAUUGUUAAGCAGUGUCGUGAAAAGAGUUCAGGCCGAGAUUUUGCUGCCAAGUUCAUAAAGAAGCGUCAGAGUGUUGCUAGCCGGCGAGGUGUGCUCCGAGAAGAGAUUGAGCGAGAGGUCAACAUCCUACAGCAGAUACAUCAUCCCAAUAUUGUCAUGUUACAUGACGUGUUUGAGAACAAGACAGAUGUGGUGUUGAUUUUGGAGCUGGUGUCUGGGGGAGAGCUUUUCGACUUUCUGGCAGAGAAGGAGUCUUUAAGUGAGGAGGAAGCCACACAGUUUAUUAAACAGAUUCUAGAGGGCGUGCACUAUUUGCACACAAGGAAUAUUGCUCAUUUUGACCUGAAGCCUGAAAACAUCAUGCUUCUGGAUAAGAACGCCCCACUGCCCCGAAUCAAACUCAUUGAUUUUGGCUUGGCCCACAAGAUUGCUGAAGGGGUUGAAUUUAAAAACAUCUUUGGAACACCAGAGUUUGUUGCUCCAGAGAUUGUGAAUUAUGAACCACUGGGACUGGAAGCAGAUAUGUGGAGUGUUGGUGUUAUAACAUAUAUUCUGUUGAGUGGGGCAUCUCCUUUCCUAGGAGAAACGAAGCAAGACACUCUGGGAAACAUCUCAGCCAUGAACUAUGAGUUUGAUGAUGAAUUCUUUGGCCACACCAGUGAGCUUGCCAAGAAUUUUAUACGACAACUGCUGGAAAAGGACACCAAAAAGAGACUCACAAUUCAAGAUGCCUUGAAUCACCCCUGGAUUAAGUCUAAUGAGCAUAAAGAAGAACGCAGUAAAGCACCAGAGAGAAAGAGAGAGCGUAGGCAGCUGAAGACAAAGCGUCUGAAAGAGUAUACCAUCAAGUCCCACUCCAGCAUGCCUCCUAACAACACCUACAUCAACUUUGAACGCUUUGCACAGGUGGAGGAGGACAUGUCGGCCAUGGAGGGCUCUUUCUGCCAGCUGAUGUCGGCUCACGACUCCAUGCAGGAAGACAUUGACACACUAGUGUCCAUCUACAAUGAGAAAGAGAUGUGGUACAAAGAAGAAAGUGAAAGCAUCAGACACGAGUUGUCCCAGCUCCGUUAUAAGUUUCGUAAAGUCGAAGCCCAGAGGCGGGGUGUUCACGAAGACAUGCAGAGUGUGGAUGCCAGCAUUAGCCGAGUGAGCGAGCGAUAUAAGGAGAGGCAGACUCGUUAUGAGGCCUUGCAAAAGGAGCUGUGUGACGAGCUGCAGUGGGUACAGGAAGUGGUGGGUUCAUUCCAGGUCACCUUCCCAAACUGUAGCUUUAGCAGUGUGUUUAAUACUGAUGUCAAUGAAGCACUGCAAGAGUUGCUGAAUAGAUCCUGUGGAGGAGACCUGCUGACGGGCAGCAAUCUGGACCAGCAGAGAUGACACAUUAAUAACCCGCGACCCACUGAUCACACAUCGUUUUAUUAACAUGGGCGAGUUAAAUGUGUUGAAGAUAAUGUGCUGAGGAAUAUAUACCUGAAUAAAAGCAGUUAUGGUCAGUGGUCACUCAGAGAGAACUAUACACAUGAAAUAUGAAACAAUUUUGUAUGAGUUAACUUAUUUAUGGUUAACAGGUUAAAUAAAAUUAAUGAAUGUUUUUUAAUAUAUUUUUAGGGUCAUUCCAUCUCAAGCUAGUUACCUCUUGGUAUUGCAAAACCAAAUUUUUUAUUUUUAUUUUAAAAUGUGCACUAGAGAUAUUUUUAUUAUUAUUAUUGAUUGCCUUGAGUUGUAAAAUUGGCAGUUAUUGAUUGCCUUGAGUUGUAAAAUCACAAAGCAAGAUGCUUUUUGAUUUAAUAUUAUGUAUUAGGUGUAUUUAAAAUUAUGGUGCUUCCUUUAUUUAUAUUAUCUGAUCAGAACAUAUUGUCCGCCUUUGGUUAUUUGUGAAAUAUUUGAAAUGGCAAAUCAACCAAGCUUCUUUGAUUAAACCCUGCUGAUUUAGUGAA